GAUUGGUUGAUUGCUGGCCUGGGAACUGUCAUGUAGGAGCGUGGGUGCUGGGGGAGUUGUAUGGCUGGGCACCGUCUCCUUGGAUCCGAGCUGUUGGGGCCGAGGAAGUGAGGAAGGGAACCUGGAGCUGGGAGGAGCUUUCUGAAAUGAAUAAAGACGCACAACUCCGAGCAACUAUAAAUCAGAAGUUGAUAGAAACAGGUGAACGUGAACGUCUGAAGGAGCUGCUCAGAGCAAAACUCACUGAAUGUGGAUGGAAAGAUCAGUUGAAAGCACACUGUAAAGAUGUGAUCAGGGAAAAAGGAUUGGAACAUGUGACGGUAGAUGAUUUGGUGGCAGAAAUAACUCCAAAAGGAAGAGCCCUGGUGCCUGACAGUGUGAAGAAGGAGCUUUUGCAGAGGAUAAGGACCUUCCUUUCUCAGCAUGCCAGUCUCUAAGCUUAAAAUGACCAAAUUACAUUGCCAUUUCUUUAUAAUUUCAGAACAUGAAUUAAAUCAGUCAUUGGAAUGGCUCCCAAUUAAGGCUUCACAUCUUUGUUUUUGUGAUGUGCUUUCAUGUCAAUUUUUGAUAUGUUUCGUUUUUUACGUUCUCAGCCAAGUAGGUUUUCUACACACCCUCAUGAAUUUUCCUGAGUAUGUUUAAAAAUGUUUGUUGAAAUAAAAUGAUUUUGACACAA